CAAAGAACAUACAUAGCACAGUCGCAGCAAUCGCCAAUGGCGUCGUCGUCCCGUAGAGCUCUUGACAGUGCUCUUCUUGUGGUACUGAUAGUGGCAAUGGUAGUAGGUGUUGCAAUGGGUAGGCCGGCGAGAAGCGACUUGGGUCUGGGUUUAGGUGGUGGGUUAGGCAUAGGGCUUGAUCUUGGGCUAGGUGGAUCCGGUUCGGCCUCUGGCUCGGGGUAUAGCGCUUGGUCGGGUCAGAACGGCGGUUCUCAUACCGCGUCCGGUCGUGGGUCGGGCACGGGCUCCGGUUACGGCUAUGGCUCUGGCUCGGGCAAUGGGGGCUCCGCCUCUGGUUGCGGGUCGGGUACAUCGUCUUGUACGGGUUCGGGUUCGGGUUCGGGCUCUGGUUCCGUGGGCUUGGGCACAUCGAUUAAUGUCGGUGUUGGUGUCGGCUCAAAUGGUGGUGCCGCCGACUGUAACACGGGUAGCGGGUCCGGAGUGGGCAUGGGUUCGGGGUCUGGGUCUGGUGGGAGUUCAUACUCCUCGCAUGGGCAUGAGUCAUCCGGCAUUGGCUCGGGUUCGGGUGUAUCGUCUGGGUUUGGUGGCGGGUCGAAUGUCGGGCCAAGUGGCGGGUGCUCGUCUUGUGGUUCUGGCUCUGGUGGUGUUGGUGGCUCGUCGUCAAACUCGAAUUCGGGUGCUGGUUCAGGUUCCAACUCCUAUGGUGGGUCGAACGCUGGUUCAUACUCGAAUUCUGGAGCUGGGUCCGGCUCAAGCGUUGCCUCGGGAUUUGAUUCAUCGGGGUCAGGGUCAGGUUCAAGUUCAUCUUCUGGGUCCGGUGCGGCUUCAUUUGGUGGAUCACGCGGCGGUUCGAACUCCAACUCCGGCUCCAUGUCGGGUGCAAACUCUGGUGCAUUUGGUGCAUCAGGCAGUGGAUCGAACUCCAUGUCGGGUGCAAACUCAGGUUCAAACUCUGGUGCUUUCGGUGCAUCCGGCAGUGGAUCAAACUCCAUGGCGGGUUCAGGGUCAAGCUCUAACUCUGGCUCUAUGUCGGGUGCAAACUCGGACGCUGGUUCGAGCUCCGGUGCUUUCGAUGCGUCCCACAGUGGAUCAAGCUCCAUGUCGGGUUCAGCUUCAGGGUCAAGCUCUAAUUCUGCAUCCGACUCAAGCUCAGGGUCUACCGGAUUUGGUUCCAACACAGGCGCUGGUUCUAGCUCGAGCGCCGGUUCCGGUCCGUUCUCCGGGGCAGGAUCCUCCAGCUGGUCCAGCUCGACGUCCGGCUCAACCUCAGGCGCAGGGUCCGGUCCCGGGGCACGACCGGGUUUUGGUGCGGGUUACGGGUCUGGCUGGGGCAAGCACCACUAAAAAUUGAUGCUCGUCGAGAAAACGGGUACUGAUCAUUCACGUGAGGCCUUCACGGGUGAUAUCUUCCUUUGUUUCUGGUUGCGGUUGGGGUGGUGUGAGCAUGCACCGUUGUAUGUAGUCCGUCUUGUGGACGAGCUGCGAUCUCUUUCGAACGGAUCGUGUCAGGAUCAUGUUUUUGUGGAGAACAAGUCAUGCAAAGUUGGGCGAAA